CCGGGAUCGCUGGCGCCGGGAUUCCCGAUCCCGAGGGCCGCCUCGAUCGCGCGGGGAGGAACGGCACCGGCCGGGCUUCACCAAGUCGGCUUCCGAGACCGCUCCUGGUGGUUGAGAUUCCGCAGACAGUCCCGACCUGCGCCCGGGGAUUCGAGGGGAAGUUUUCUGAUUGGGAUUGUUAAAAUGAGUCUGCGGAAGCAAACACCCAGUGACUUCCUGAAGCAAAUCAUCGGGCGACCAGUUGUGGUGAAAUUAAAUUCGGGAGUGGAUUAUCGAGGGGUCCUGGCUUGCUUGGAUGGCUACAUGAAUAUAGCCUUGGAGCAGACAGAGGAGUAUGUCAAUGGACAGCUGAAGAACAAGUACGGGGAUGCAUUUAUCCGAGGAAACAAUGUGUUGUAUAUAAGUACACAGAAGAGGAGGAUGUGAAGACACCAAGAGUGCAGUACUUUUCAUACCGAGAUGUAUUUUUUAUCAAGUUUUUUGUUUCUUCUGUCAUAUAAUUUUUCCUAUUUUGUAAUAGUUGGUGAUUUUUCACUGACACAUGUUUGAGAUAAAUGUGUAAAAUUGUGGAUUUAAUUGUAAAGCAUUCUUUCAUAUUUAAGUUGCAGUCAUUUUCUUUUACCUCUAUGUCAGUGUGCAGAAAGCAAAAAGAUUUUUUUUUUUAAGUGGAAAGAAAAUUUUUUUCUCCCUACAUGGAAGUUUUCAAGACAUUUGAUCUGACUGCUUUGCUUGUGGGACUGGCUGAAAUGAUGGAUGUGAGGAUAAUUAAAACACUGUAGAGAUGGC